GCCCUGCAAGGCGGCGAGGCCGCCGCGCGGCGCGGGCACGAUCGGCGAGGCCAUCGACAAGGCCAAGGCGAAGGCCAAGGCCAAGGGGAAGGGGAAGGUCGUAGCGAAGCGCGUGCGCUUCGCCUCGGAUGUGCCUGGCCCUGCCGCCGCCGCGGCCACGCCGGCGCCGCGGGCGCAGGGCGCGGCCAAGCGGGUGGCUGAGGAGCGGCCCAGCGGCAGCGGCUGCAAGGACGAGGAGGUCCGCCAGGCCCCCCUCCGCCACUUUGGCCCCAGGGAAGGCUGGUCGGCGGCCCUGGUCCAGGACUUCGGGGCCUUGGUGCCUGUGGUGGACGCGCCGCCGCCAGCGAAGCCCUUGGCCGAGCUGUCGCUCCAGGCCCUCCUGGCCAGGGAGGCGAAGAUCAAGGGCCAGGUCAGCCGUGCGGAGGCUGCGCUGGCGGCGGUCCAGGAGGAGCAGGCGGCCGUCGCGGUCCGCGUGGCGGAGCAGGCUGACGUCCUCCAGAAGCGGUGCGACCAGCUGGAGGAGGUGGCCGAGGCCGUGCGCGCCAGGAAGCGCGCCGACCUGGAGCAGCACACGGGGCCGUCGCCCAUGGAGGUGGGCGAGCCUGUGGAGGCCGAGGACUGCCUGGGCAAGGUGCUGCUCAAGGGCCUCGAGGGCCUCGAGGCGGAGCGGGAGCGGGUUCUCUUGCUCGGGGAGGAGGGCGGCGCCCUGCUCGCGACGGCCGCCGAGGCCCGCAGCCUCGUGGAGAAGCUCGCCGCCGCCGACGCCCGUGCUCGCGAGGCAGCGGCGGCCGAGCGGGCCCGCGCGGCUGCAGCCGCAGCUGGGCGGGCCGCCGCAGCGCAGGAGGCCGCCCCCGCGGCUGAUGGCAGUGUUGAUGGCGCUGAUGGUCCCCCUGGGGACCGCAAGCGCGUCGGCGACCUCGACCUCGGCCCCGAGCUCGUCGGGCUCGACGCCGUGUUCGACGAGGUGGGCAUGGAGGCCCCGCCUCUGGGUAGCCGCCCGCUGGCGGCGGACGUGGCGGAGCUGGCGUCGGCCAACACCACCGCGUGGGGCUCGGCGCAGUCGCUGGUCGAGUGGCUGCACGACGACGAGGGGCGGCUGCCUGCGGUGCUCUGCCUCCAGGAGCAUCGCCUCAAGGGCAAGCAGGCGGUGGCCCGCGCUGCGGGCUGGAUGCAGGCGCGCGGCUUCAGCUGGCAUGGCCAGGCAGCGAUGCCGACGGGCCCAGGGCCGCUGGAGAGCUCGGGAGGAGUGGCAGUGGCCACGCUGCGGCCGUCGACGGCCGCCGCCGCGCCAGGGCUCCCUGCCCAUCGGUUCCAGGUGUGCGAGGUGAACCUGGGGUUCAGGGAGCCGUGCCGCGUCAUCUCGGCCUACUUCAUCACGAAGAUAGGCAGGGCGAAGGAGAACAUCGGGCUCCCGGCGGCGCUGCACGAGUUCGUGGGGCAGCUGGAGUCGCCGUGGGUCGUGAUGGGUGACUGGAACAUGGAGCCCGUGGACGUCCGUGAGCGGGCGCACAGCGCAGGCGGUGCGCUUGUCACCCCAGAGGAGCCGACCUGCGGCUCGAAGGUCUUCGACUUCGCGGUCGUCAGCAAGGUCCUCACGGGCUUUGUGGACGCGGCUGAGGUGCUGCUGAGGGCGCCGACGAAGGACCACGUGCCAUUCAAGGUGGUGCUUCGCGCGCCGCUCGAGCGCGCCUUCUCGGCCUGGAGCCCAGGAGGAGGGCAGUCGCUCAAGGUUGGCUGCCAGGAGUGGUUCGAGGCGGCGGAGGCCUACCUGAUCGACCUCCACGAGAUCGCGCCGCCCAGCCGCUGGAAAGGGCGCGCGGGCGGGCUGCGCACGCAGAGGGUCGAGAUGGAGGUGGCCUGGAAGCAGGACCGCAAGAGGAGCGUCGGCGCUGCCUGCAGGCGCUGGAUGUCGUUCGCGGCGGCAUGCGCCCGCUGGCGCGCGCUGCAGGAGGCGGCGCCAGGAGGUCGCUGCUGGGCGCCGCUGCGCAAGCAGCGCGAGGUGCUGAAGGCGUUCGAGCUCGAGUGGCCUGAGGAAGGCCCGCUGGCUGGGCUGUCGGUGGCCCGCGUGGUGGGCUUGCUCAGCUCCUCAUCGUGCCAGCCGACGGUGCAGUUCGUCCAGGAGGAGGCGAGGCGGCGCUGGAGGCUGGACAAGCAGCGGAAGGCCGCGGAGUGGCGCGCCUGGGCCCAGGCCGCGGCCACCGAGAAGGGCGGCUCGGCGGCCUACCGCUUCAUCAAGCAGGUCGCGGUGGUGCCCACGGUGGUGCUCGCGGGCGCGGACGGUGACGACGACCCGCGCAUGCCCGUUGCGGGCGAGGCCGCAGUGGCUGCGCUGCUGGAGGCGUGGCGGCCGCUCUGGGUCAAGCCGUCGCGCGCAGGCGAGGCGGCGCCCGAGGACUGGGACAUCCAGGAGUCGGUGCUGCCGCCGCUGGAGCUCGAGGACCUCGAGCGGGCCCUGGGCACCGGCCUUGGGUGGGAUAGGCUCCACCCGAAGCAGCUGCUGCGCCCCCCGCGGACCUACAGGCAGCGCUUCCUGGAGCUCCUCAUGGCCUGGGAGCGGAAGCCUUCGCGGGAGGCGCUGUGGCAGCUGAUCGUGGUGUUCAUCCCCAAGGCUGCUGGCGGCCAGCGGCCGAUCGGCCUCACGGCCAUCUGGCUGCUGAGGGUCUGGAGCAGGAUGCGGCAGCCGCUGGUGGCCCGCUGGGAGAGCCCGUGCGAGCGCGCGGGGGUGGUGCACAACCUCCUGGCGGCCGUUGCUCGCAGCAGAGGCCUCUCGGCGGCCACGGGCGUCACCGACCUGGCGAAGUUCUACGAGCACGUCAGCCAUGAGGAGCUGCGCGUGCAGGCGGCCGCCACGGAGUUCCCGCUCGCGCUGCUGCAGUGCUACUGCGUGUCGUACCGCACGCAGCGCCGCGUGUCCUGGUGCGGCUCGGUCUCCAAGCCGUUCGAAGCGAACGGCACCAUUGUGGCGGGCUGCAGCGGUGCGGUCGGGCUGGCCAAGCUGCUGGUGCACACCCUCUUCGUGAAGAUUGUGCGUGAGAACCCUGUGGUUCGCCUGCAGAACGUCGUCGACGACGUGCUGCUGCAGGCGGUCGGCGGCAGGGCUCAGGUGGUGCAGCAGCUCCCCAGGGCCAUGGCGGCCCUCACAGAGGGCCUGGUCGCCAAAGGGGUGGUCAUCUCGGAGGCGAAGACGGGCUACCUGGCGAACAGCGAGGACCUCGGCGACGCGCUGGACGGCUGCUGGGCGCAUGGGCCGCUGGCCCGCUGGACUGGCGCCCGCUGCCUCGGAGGUGCGCAGGUGGGCCACAUCCAGAGAGGCAGCCCCACGGCCACCGCCGUCUGGGGCUCCGCGGCGACGGGCCUCGCCUGCGGGAAGCUGCACGGCCUGCGGGUCGCCGCCAUGCGUGCGGGAGGCAGGCUGCCCAUGGGCGCCGGCGUCGGCCUGCGGCUGCGGGCGAUGCACGGCGCUGCCUACCGCGACCCCUUCGUGGUGCACGCGGUGGAGGUGGCGCGCUCCUGGGGCAUGACGCUGGAGACGGGCCUGCCCAGCGCGGCGGUGGUGCAGGAGUGCUGGCUCGGGGCGCAAGGCUUGCUCGACCUUCGCCGCCCCUGGGGGCAGCGCCGCGACCAUGCGCAGGCAUGUGUGCUGGCGUUGCGGCGGGUCGGCAUCGAGAUGGUGGCCUACAAUGCCGUCAUCGACUGGCAGGCGCGCGUCCUCUCGCUGGAGUUCUACUCGCCUGGCAUGCCGGUGCAGGUGGCGCGUGAGUCGGCGAUGCUGGCCUCGGACGUGCUCGCGCUGAAGCGGCUGCGCGGGCCUGGCGCCUGGGCAUGGCCUGUGCACUGGAAGGGGCUGGAGCGCCUCCUCCACGCGCGCCGCCGCCCCGAGGGGCAGGCGGACGCCGAGGCCGCCGAUGGCGCAGGCCGCCAGGUGCCCGCGCCGCCGCUGCCGCACUGGCAGGCCCGCCACAGGCGAGCUCUCGCGGCGGUCCUCGGCGGCUCCCACUGGCCGCAGGAGCGCCUCUGGAAGGAGGGCAAGGCGCGCGACGUCCUCCGCCGCCUCUGCGGUGGCCGAGGCACGCUGUGGCACAGGGCCUUCGAGUGCGAGGCCUGGCAGACGCUGCGGCGGGACGCGCGCUCGCCUGAGCUGCUGGAGGGGGCGCGGCUGGUGGCGCAGCGCGGGGACGCUGCGGCGGAGCUCUUCGCGCGUGCGCUGUGCCCCGACCCCGCCCUGGCCUUCCCCGCGGCGGCCGACGCCGCGCUCGCGGCCCCGCGCUGGUUCGGCGUGCCGCCUGGCUCGAAGUUCGCGCGCAGGGUCUUCGUGGACGGCAGCGCCAGGUUUCCUGCGCUGCUUGGGGCCCGCCGCGCAGGCUGGGCGGUGGUGCAGAUCGGCCUCAGCGAGGAGGUCAUCGGCGGGAUGCACGGCAUCGUCCCGCGGGCGUACGGGCCCAAGCAGGAGGCCAGGGACGGCGAGGACUACGCGUUCCACAUGCUGGCCCAGUUCUGGCUGCCGUCGGCCGACGGCUCGGGCCUUGAGAUCUUCUGCGACUGCGAGGGCACGGUCGGCUUGGCGCUCUCGCAGGGCAAGGUCAAGGCGCACAAGGUGCUCGCUGCAGCUGCCUCCUGGGAGGAUGAGCUCCUGAUCAGGGGCAACAGGGCAGCUGACCUGUGGGCCAAGCGAGGCGCCGCCCUGUGGCCGAUCGACGAGGAGCUGGUCUGGUUCCUCCAGGCGCGUGCCUGGCGCGUGGAGGAGCUCGGGCGCUGGCUCGGCGAGCUGGCCGCCACCAUGGUGGACCGCGAGCAGCUGGACUCGGACGGGGUCGUGGGCACGGCCGACCUCGUCUACGACAUCCCGCAGGCGGCGCUGGACGCGGCGGAGCUGGCCGACGCGGAGGUGGCGGCGGUGGCGCUCGAGGCCGACCUCGAGCUCGGCCAGGCGCCUGGCGCUGCUGCUGGGGCCGCUGCUGGCGAGGAGCUCGGCCAGGCGCCCGCCGCUGCCGCUGGGGCCGCUGCCGACGAGCUUGCGGAGGCGGCUGUGGCCGCUCCCGAGCUGAAGGCUGCGGUAGCUGGAGCUGGAGUGGCGCGGGUGGUGCGCGGGCACUGCAUCGUCGUCUCGCGCCUCGUGAACGGCGAUGGGGCCAUGGCCUGGUGCCUGAAGUGCGGCUGCCGCUUCUGGAAGCGGUCCCAUCCAGCUGGGACAGGCUUGCUGGGCAGCUGCAAGGGACGGCCAGCCCCAGGCGAGAGGGCGGCGGAGGCGCGGCGGCUCUUGAUGCGCCUCCAGGAGCCGAAGAGCAGGGCCAGGCUCUCGGCUCCACAGCCGCCCACGGAGGAGGAGCAGGCGCGGCUCGCGGCAGUGCUCCACGGCGACGCAGGCGCUGAGGGCGGCGCAAGAGCUCCCGCUGGAGCAGGGCGGACGCCGCGCUGGGGGCUGCGGCCCGCCACGGCGGACGCCUGGCAGGCGGCCGAGCUCCACGGCUUCGCCUCGCCCGCCGCCGCUGCUCGCUGGGCGCGGGCGCGCGUGGCGGCGGGCAGGGAGUCGCCCUUCGGCGACGGCGACGGCGCGGCCUGA